AUGACUUGGCGCAUGAUGCAGUGGCUCCUCGCAACGAUUUUCGUCAUUCUUUCUCCUGCUGAGCUGCGUGUCUCGAAGCAGAGCACGACUGGACAGCAGAGUAGCCACCCUGUGCCCCAACCAGUAGUUGAAACGGGUGCCAGACAUUUGCAGGACUGUGAAGUGAUUGGCUGGGCGGAGCUUUGUGAACGAAAGAAGUUGACGGCCGGGUGCUUUCAACUCCAGCCCAUCGCGGCAGCGCCACUCUGCGAGCUGCAAGGGCCGCAUGGGGCGCCGGCGCAGCUGCGCCCAGCGACUGCCGGGAUUCUGACCUUGACAUCCGCGGAGCUACGCAUCACCGGGCAAAUUCAGAUGACUUCCCUCCGCCUGGCAGCCAAGACUGUGAACUUUGCAGAUGCUCACGUCGAAGCCUGGCAUGAAGCCCCAUCGGAUCCAAACUCCAACGCAUCUGGUGGUGCCUUUUUCAGCGAGGGGUCAUUCACUUUGACCAGAUCCCGCCUGAAAGUGAGAGAUGUUCGCGCUACUACUAUGGAUGGUGGUGGCUUCGCAGCGGGCGGAGACCUGACCCUGGGUGGCAUUGCAGGGGCACAGGCUAGCGCCAUGGAAUCGUCGCUGUUCGAAGACUUUCUUUGUUUCUUGCAGAAAGAAGAGCUUUUGUUGAAGGCUUUGCGCGCCACGGAUUUGAAAGCAUGCUUGCGGACAGGGCUUUGCAGUGAGGCGGAGGACAUUGAUUUCGCAGGUUUGCUUACAAUACUGGAAAACCGUCAAGAUGACUUGCGAGAAAUGCAAAAAACAAGUCUCCAAGCAUGCUUUAACAGCAACCUGAGCAAGACAGACAAGGACUUAAAGUUUUGCCAAAAUUUCUUCAAACGCAAAAAAACCAGUAUGACAGAUGAACAGCAAAAGGUUGUGGAUGAAUGGGAGGAGAUCAUUUGUGCCGAUGGUGCGGGGUUAUGUCCUGCCAUCGAUGCAGAUUUCGCACGUUUGCUUACUAUACUUGAAAACCGUCAAGAUGACUUGCGACAAAUGCAAAAAACAAGUCUCGAAGCAUGUUUCAACAGCAGCCUGAGCAAUACAGACAAGGACUUAAAGUUUUGCCAAAAUUUCUUCAAGCGCAAAAAAGCAAGUAUGACAGAUGAACAGCAAAAGGUUGUGGAUGAAUGGGAGGAGAUCAUUUGUGCCGAUGGGUUUGCAGAUUUCGCACUCUUGCUUACUAUACUUGAAAACCGUCAAGAGUACUUGCGAAAAAUCCGAAAAGCAAGUCUCGAAGCAUGUUUCAACAUUAGCCUGAGCAAUAGAGACAAGGACUUAAAGUUUUGCCAAAAUUUCUUCAAGCGCAAAAAAGCAAGUAUGACAGAUGAACAGCAAAAGGUUGUGGAUGAAUGGGAGGAGAUCAUUUGUGCCGAUGGUGCGGGGUUAUGUCCUGCCAUCGAUGCAGAUUUCGCACGUUUGCUUACCAUACUGGAAACUCGUGAAGAUGACUUGCGACAAAUGCGAAAAACAAGUCUCGAAGCAUGUUUCGGGACACGUGUCAGCAAUGCAGACAGUGAUCUUGGUUUUGGACGGAACUUUUUCCGUCGGCAGAAAGAUAUGUUGACGGAUGAGCAGCGCAAGGUUCUUGAGGACUGGUCUUCCAAGAUUUGUUCCCAUGAGGAUGUUGAUGACGGUUUUCGGCGCUUCCUUGCAACUUUGCAUGCUCGAGCACAGGAGCUGUUUGCCUUGCGCAAAUGUGACCUGAAAGGCAUCUUUUCGUCCCAUAUUUGCAAAAAAGAUUCGGAGUUGAAAUUUUGUCAAAACUUUUGGCGGCGCAGUGCAGAAAAAUUGAGUGCCGAGCAAAAGGAACAAGUGGAGGAUUUGAAAGCAGGAAUUCUUUGGCCUCAUGCGCAAGACGAUCGUGCGGCGUUGCGGCCCGCGGUUGUCAGGAUGUUGGACAAAUUUGAAAACAUACUUGCACGCAGAGAGGCAGAAUUUCGCGGCUUUGGGGCUGCAAGUGUUUAUGGUCUGUCUACCGGGCACGCGAAGAAAUCUGAUUCUGAGGUUAGAUUUUGCUACGAUUUUGUCAACCGUGUGUUUCCCAAACUGGAAGACUCGGAGCAACAGCGACUUCGAAUCAAACUGGAUGACCUGUUGUUAAAAAGCUGCUCUGUGCCCGUGAAAAGUAGUUACCAGGCCAAACUACACGAUGCAGAGACUGUCUUGGGCGACGCUCUUCCACGCCCAAGACUGCCGAAAAGUUUACAGCUACGUAACGCGGUCACAACGGACAGUACAGCAUACGCAGUCGCAACCUAUGAACGAGAGGCCAUGGGUCGUAGCCUCGGCUUCACAGAAGCCACAAUAGCAACGUCCUUGCCUCCUGGAACUGGACGUGCGAAGUUGUGUUCCGCGUCCAGCAUGGUCGAGACGGCGCUGGAGAGUCAGAAUGUGCGCCAAGACUCUGAAGUUGUGAUCGAGAACGUUUCAGCAAAGUCUGGUGCUGGUUUCUUCGCCACGGGAAAUGUCUACAUUUCGGUGGGGCACUCAGUGCGUUCGCUGCCAUGCUGGAGAGCUAUGUACAAGGACGACUCAAUGAUCUUCAUUCAGAAUGCGAGGUCCACGAAAAGUGGAAGAGGUUUUCGCACAGAAAAUGGCUUGAAGGUGUCCAACGGCUCAAGGCUCGUCAUUCGGAAUGCGACUGCUGGAAAGCACGCAGGAGGACUCUGGGCUUCGGGCAAGACCUUGAUCAGCAGGUCCACAGUCACCAUUCAAAAUGCCACGGCCCAGCAGCAUGGUGGAGGGUUUUGUGCUGCUGAUGAGGUUGUCAUCGAUGAGAUGUCAAGCGUCAGCAUUUCCAGUUCAAGAUCGGGGCAACAGGGCGGAGGCUUCCAGACAGACAGAAGCUUGCAGGUGAGCAACAGCUCAGGUCUAAGCCUUGAGAAUGUGACUGCUGGAAACCAUGGAGGAGCUUUCGCUGCCCAUGGGGAGGUUGAUAUUGUUGGGUACUCGGCCGUCAACAUUUCCAAUAGCCGCGCUGAAUCAGGAGAUGGAGGAGGUUUUGACACUGAAAAGGGCUUGAAGGUGUCCAACGGCUCAAGACUCAUCAUUCGGAAUGCAACAGCUGGAAAUUCAGGCGGAGGAUUCUAUGCCAAAGGCAAGACUACCAUCACCAGGUCCACCGUCAGCAUUCAAAAUGCCACGGCCCAGAAGCAUGGUGGAGGCUUUGAUGCAUUAGAUGAGGUUGUCAUCGAUGAGAUGUCAAGCGUCAGCAUUUCCACUUCAAGAUCGGGGCAACAGGGCGGAGGCUUCCAGACGGACAGAGAUGGAGGAGGUUUUCGCACUGAAAAGGGCUUGAAGGUGUCCAACGGCUCAAGACUCAUCAUUGGGAAUGCGACAGCUGGAGGGUCUGGAGGAGGAUUCUAUGCCAAAGGCGAGACCUUGAUCAGCAGGUCCACCGUCAGCAUUCAAAAUGCCACGGCCCAGAAGCAUGGUGGAGGCUUUGCUGCAUUAGAUGAGGUUGUCAUUGACGAGAUGUCAAGCGUCAGCAUUUCCACUUCAAGAUCGGGGCAACAGGGCGGAGGCUUCCAGACAGACAGAAGCUUGCAGGUGAGCAACAGCUCAGUUCUAAGCCUUGAGAAUGUGACUGCUGGAAACCAUGGAGGAGCUUUCGCUGCCCAUGGGGAGGUUGAGCUAGCUGGGAAUUCGACGGUCAAGAUUUCCAACAGUCGAGCUGAAGCCCGAAAUGGAGGAGGUUUUGACACAGAAAAUGGCUUGAAGGUGUCCAACGGCUCAAGGCUCAUCAUUCGGAAUGCAACAGCUGGAAAUUCAGGCGGAGGAUUCUAUGCCAAAGGCAAGACUACCAUCACCAGGUCCACCGUCAGCAUUCAAAAUGCCACGGCCCAGAAGCAUGGUGGAGGCUUUGAUGCAUUAGAUGAGGUUGUCAUCGAUGAGAUGUCAAGCGUCAGCAUUUCCACUUCAAGAUCGGGGCAACAGGGCGGAGGCUUCCAGACAGACAGAAGCUUGCAGGUGAGCAACAGCUCAGUUCUAAGCCUUGAGAAUGUGACUGCUGGAAACCAUGGAGGAGGUUUGAUUGCCCUUGGAGAGGUUGAUAUUGUUGGGUACUCGGCCGUCAACGUUUCCAACAGCCGCGCUGAAUCAGGAGAUGGAGGAGGUUUUGACACUGAAAAGGGCUUGAAGGUGUCCAACGGCUCAAGACUCAUCAUUCGGAAUGCGACAGCUGGAAAUUCAGGCGGAGGAUUCUAUGCCAAUGGCAAGACUACCAUCACCAGGUCCACCGUCAGCAUUCAAAAUGCCACGGCCCGGCAGUACGGUGGAGGGUUCAGUGCUGAAGGAGUCGCAGUUAUCCAGGAUUCUACCGUGGCCAUGUUCAGCACCGAUGCCGGGGCAGAUGGUGGUGCUUUUUCCGUGUUUGGUUUGACUUUGCACAGAAGUCAAAUGUCGGUCAGCCACUCCACAGCGCUCGGAUCGGGUUUCGGAGGUCGUGUAGUUGGUCAAGUGCUUCUUUCAGCACAGUCUACGUUGGUGGUGAAGGAUUCCCAAGGUCUCGACAAUUCCAGCGUGCUAACUGCAGGUUGCCUCCACCUACGUGAUCGGUCACGCAUUCUCUUUGAAGAUGCCCGUGGUGGCCAUGGGGUGCAGCUGCAAAAUAGUGGAUGCUCUGACGUUUGCUCAAACAGCACGUUCUAUGUCGAAGCGGAUGCAGCCCUCAACGCCAGUGGUCGCUUGAGCUCCGGUUUUCUCUCCCUUGCAUCCUGCCCGAAGGAGAAGGUACAUCUCUCAGGCAUCCACCUGCACUCCUGGUCCAGCGCGUUGCUCAGCACCCGGCCCAGUUCCGUGAUAAUCGGCCAAGUGACUAUCGACUAUGAACCACCUAUCGACAAUUUGCAGGUCCUGGCUGCCAAGGAUGGCUUUGAGAUCGACUCUUUAACGGUUUCCUGCCGGAACUGCCCAUGGGGCGUGACUUUCAACGCUACGAAGGACAGAAGUCUGAAAGCCGUGAGCUCUGAAUAUCUCAAAUGCUCCAAGACCGUCACAGUGUCCAAAGGCCUGACGCAACGUUGCAAGUGUUCCAACUACCAGAUUGCAACCGAGCACUUCCGUGGUGUAGAUAUGGUGCCCUUGGAAAGCAGUUUCCAGACGUGCAUGUUCUGCAAGCCUCACUUCCACUUUCAGAAUGGCGAUUGCCCGAAAUGCGGAAUCUUCAGUGCUUGGUCUGAUGGCAAGAAGGAUGUUUGUCACGUUCUGCCACGCCAGAACUCAGCAGAGUUGUUCGCACUUUUGACAGGUGCAGCUGUCGUGGUCAUUUUAACCUUCCUUGCCUUUGAGAUUUUGCAUGCUCCUUUGAUGAUCGUUGAUGCAAAAUCAUAUUUGGACCCAAGGCAAGCUGAAAGCAAUACAAUUUUCACAUUUUCCGUGCAGGGGCCGAUUGUUGAUCUUCCCAAAAGCCUGUCUCGAUUGGUGAACCGAAGGGUGCAUUUUCGGGCAAGGGGAACGGGAUUGAUAUGGCUAGACUACGACCAGAAGAAGUCCAACACAAUCAAAGUUCGAAGUAUUGCGCGCAGAAAGCUUUUGCUGCAAGACACGAGUCCCCCAUUUUUUUGCGCUUCGUGCAAGGGUUCUUUGCACGCCACUGAUAUUUUUUACCUGCUCAGCCUGCUCACCGUAUGCAUAUUUGUUGGUGCAAUGCUGCCUGUCAUCAUCAAGGUAGCAGUCAUAUCCGGAAACGGUGUGGGACAUGUCUUCGUUACUGCAAUUUAUGUGACCCUUCCUUUGGUUGCUGUUGCUGCGCUGCUGCACUUCCCGAUCGCGUGGCUGAUCCGACGGCUAUAUCGUAGAACGUCAUUUUCGGAGGCUUUGGAUGAGUACCGGAAGCAGAUCAACUGCAAGCCAUUUCCAGGGCCUGAUGGAACCCAUCCUCGCAACCAGGGCUUGCAGGUUCUGAAUUUGCGCGGCUUGUGGAUGCACUUCGAGAGCUUUAUUCUCGAGCGCAAUAUGCACUUUGUGGUUGCCAACAUAGUGAGGCCCCUAACACAAAGCAAAGGAGUUUCCUUUGUAAGUCUUUGGGGUGGCAGGCAGGUGGAUUACUUUGUGUCCCAUUCCUGGGGCACCAGCUUUCCGCACUUUGUGCAGUCUAUCCAGUGCCAUGCUCUGUCCAAAGAGGGCCCCACUUCUUGGAUCGAUGCAGCAUAUUGGAUCUGUUCAUUUGCGAACAACCAGUGGAGAAUUGAAGCCGAACUGGGAAGUGAUCCCAUGGAGAGCGCCUUUGCACUCGCCUUGACAGCGGGCAUCAAAGGAGUCGCGAUGGUCAUGGACCCGGAAGCGCAGCCUCUCACAAGAGUUUGGUGUCUGUUCGAAUUUUUCCUGUCAAGCCGUCAGCACUUGGACCUGGUCUUCGUCACCAAUGCUGGUGUGGUGGGUGAUGAUGGUUGCAGCUCCUUUGACGUUGCGUUGGAGAUGGGCAGGAAGAUAGAAUCGUUGCAGGUUGAAACGUGCGAGGCAUCUUCGGAGGAAGAUAAGAAAAACAUCUUCCAGUACAUCAUCUCGGAGUUGGGAAGCCUUGAGCGAAUGGAUGAGCAAAUCCGAAAGCUCAUGGCUGAGAUGUUGACGCAAAAUUUGACCAACAUGGAAAAGGCAACUGGAAGUCUUGUGGACCGUCUCGGCCAGGGCAGCGCAACAGUCGCAACCCUGAAUGAGAAGCGUUUAAAACCACAUGUUGCUUCCGGAAUUCGUCAGAUUUGUUCCAUUUAAACAAGUCUUGUACAUGUUGUGACUUCUUGAGCACGCACAAGGCCGUGACUCGUCAGAGCUGACCCACAGCUGGCAGCGAAUGAGUUUUGGCAUCUCAUGGCAUGUUGAAAAAA